ACAGCUGCCCCAACAACCACAACAACAGUUUCUCCAACCACAACUGGUACCCCAACAACCACAACAGUUGCUCCAACCACAACAACUUCCCCAACAACCACGACAAUUGCUACGACAACAACAGCUGUUACAACAACCACUACAGCUGCCCAAACAACCACGACAGUUGCCCCAACAACCACGAACACUUCCCCAACAACCACAACAGCUGCUCCAACCACAACAACAGCUGCCCCAACAACCACGACAGCUGCCACAACAACCACGACAUCUGCUCCAACAACAAAAACAGUUGCCCUAACAACCACGACAAUUGCUCCAAUGACAACAACAGCUGUUCCAACAACCACUACAGCUGCCCAAACAACCACGACAGUUGCCCCAACAACCACGACAACUGCCCCAACAACCACAACAGCUGCUCCAACAACCACAACAGCUGCUCCAACCACAACAACAGCUGCCCCAACAACCACAACAUCUGCUCCAACGACAACAACAGGUGCCCCAACAACCACGACAACUGCCCCAACAACCACAACAGCUGCUCCAACCACAACAACAGCUGCCCCAACAACCACAACAGCUGCUCCAACGACAACAACAGCUGCCCCAACAACCACGACAACUUCCCCAAAAACCACAACAGCUGCUCCAACCACAACAACAGCUGCCCCAACAACCACGACAGCUGCCACAACAACCACGACAUCUGCUCCAACAACAACAACAGGUGCCCUAACAACCACGACAAUUGCUCCAACGACAACAACAGGUGUCGCAACAACUACGACAGCUGUUCCAACAACCACUACAGCUGUCCCAACAACCACAACAGCUGUUCCAACAACCACUACAGCUGCCCAAACAACCACGACAGUUGCCCCAACAACCACGACAACUGCCCCAACAACCACAACAGCUGCUCCAACAACCACAACAGUUGCUCCAACCACAACAACAGCUGCCCCAACAACCACGACAGCUGCCACAACAACUACGACAUCUACAGUUGCCCCAACAACCACGACAGAUGUAACAACAACCACAACAUCUUUUCCAACAACCACGACAGUUGUUCCUACGACAACAACAGCUGCUCCAACAACCACUACAGCUGCUCCAACCACAACAGUUGCCCCAACAACCACGACAGCUGGUCCAACCACAACAGUUGCCCCAACAACCACGACAGAUGUAACAACAACAACAACCACAACAGCUGCUCCAACCACAACAACAGUUUCUCCAACCACAACUGGUGCCCCAACAACCACAACAGUUCCUCCAACCACAACAACAACUGCCCCAACAACCACGACAAUUGCUACAACGAUAACAACAGCUGUUCCAACAACCACUACAGCUGCCCAAACAACCACGACAGUUGCCCCAACAACCACGACAACUGCCCCAACAACCACAACAGCUGCUCCAACAACCACAACAGUUGCUCAAACCACAACAACAGCUGCCCCAACAACCACGACAGCUGCUCCAACAACAACAACAGCUGCCCCAACAACCACAACAUCUGCUCCAACGACAACAACAGGUGCCCUAACAACCACGACAAUUGCUCCAACGACAACAACAGCUGCCCCAACAACCACAACAGCUGCUCCAACAACCGCGACAGCUGCCCCAACAACCACGACAGCUGCCCCAAAAACCACAACAGGUGCGCCAACAACCACAACAGCUGCUCCAACCACAACAACAGCUGCCCCAACAACCACGACAGCUGCCCCAACAACCACAACAGCUGCUCCAACCACAACAACAGUUUCUCCAACCACAACUGGUGCCCCAACAACCACAACAGUUGCUCCAACCACAACAACAGCUGCCCCAACAACCACGACAAUUGCUACGACAACAACAGCUGUUCCAACAACCACUACAGCUGCCCAAACAACCACGACAGUUGCCCCAACAACCACGACAACUGCCCCAACAACCACAACAGCUGCUCCAACAACCACAACAGCUGCUCCAACCACAACAACAGCUGCCCCAACAACCACGACAGCUGCCACAACAACCACGACAUCUGCUCCAACAACACCUGCUCCAAAGACAACAACAGCUGCCCCAACAACCACAACAUCUGCUCCAACGACAACAAAAGGUGCCCCAACAACCACGACAACUGCCCCAACAACCACAACAGCUGCUCCAACGACAACAACAGCUGCCCCAACGACAACAACAGCUGCCCCAACAAGCACGGCAGCUGCUCCAACAACACCAGCUGCUCCAACGACAACAACAGCUGCCCCAACAACCACAACAUCUGCUCCAACGACAACAACAGGUGCCCUAACAACCACGACAAUUGCUCCAACGACAACCACAGCUGCCCCAACAACCACAACAGCUGCUCCAACAACCACGACAGCUGCCCCAAAAACCACAACAGGUGCGCCAACAACCACAACAGCUGCCCCAACAACCACAACAGUUGCUCCAACCACAACAACAGCUGGGCCAACAACCACGACAGCUGUUCCAACAACCACUACAUUUUCCCCAACAACCACUACAGAUGCUCCAACAACCACGACAGUUGCUCCAACGACAACAACAGCUGCCCCAACAACCACGACAGGUGUUCCAACAACCACUACAGCUGCCCUAACAACCAUAACAGCUGUUCCAACCACAACUGGUGCCCCAACAACCACAACAGUUGCUCCAACGACAACACCUUCCCCAACAACCACGACAGCUGUUCCAACAACCACGACAGGUGCCCCAACAACAACAACAGCUACCCCAACAACCACGACAGUUGCUCCAACCACAACAACAGCUGCUCCAACAACCACUACAGCUGCGCCAACCACCACAACAUUUGCCCCAACAACCACGACAGCUGCUCCAACCACAAUAGCUGCCCCAACAACCACAACAGCUGCUCCAACAACAACAACAGCUGCCCCAACAACCACGACAGCUGCUCCAACAACAACAGCUGCUCCAACGACAACAACAGGUGCCCCAACAACCACGACAGCUGUUCCAACAACGACUACAGCUGCCCCAACAACCACAACAGCUGCUCCAACCACAACAACAGCUGACCCAACAACCACGACAGCUGCCCCAACAACCACAACAGCUGCUCCAACGACAACAACAGGUGCCCCAACAACC